AUGUUGAGACGACGCUGCUAUUCUCGACUUGCUGCAGCCCUUGCCAAAAAGAACCUUAUUGGUCUAAGUCUAGAGCAAUUACAACAUGAGCUAGCUACGAUUCCUGAGGCUCGCAAAUACACGGCACAGCAAGUAUGGGAGCACAUGUACAGGCGAGGCAUUACCGAUUUCCAAGGCAUGACCAACUUGUCAAAGACGUUACGAUCCGAGCUUGAUUCACGAUACAAGAUUCACUACGGCCAUGUGCAGUUGGCCCAAGUAUCCCGUGACCAAACCCGUAAAUGGCUUGUGGGCUUUGCUGAUGAUCCUCGAGCUGUCGUCGAGUCCGUCUUGAUUCCCGAACCGGAUAGAGCAACCUUGUGCGUCUCAUCACAAAUUGGAUGUUCUUUGCAAUGCAGCUUUUGUCAUACAGGGACACAAAAACUUUUUCGAAGCUUGACAGCAAGUGAAGUGGUGGGACAAUACAUGAUUGCAGCCAAGGAGGCCAAUGAUUUCAAUGUGACAAAAAAGACAGUCUCCAACAUGGUGUUUAUGGGACAAGGUGAACCAUUGUAUAAUUGGCGUCAGGUGCGUCAGGCAAUAAAAGUGCUUACCGACACGAAUGGGAUCGCCAUGCCAAAGCACAAAAUUACCGUAUCCACAUCGGGUGUUGUGCCCCUCAUACCUAACGUGGCGUCUGACGUGGGUGUCUCCUUGGCCAUCUCCUUACACGCUACUCGUAACGAUCUCAGAGACGUCCUAGUCCCCCUGAACAAGACAUUCCCCUUGGAAUUGGUACUGGAAGCAUGCACAACCUAUGCACAACUCAUGGGUAAUCGAGGACGAAGGAUCACUUUUGAAUACGUGAUGUUGGAUGGUGUCAAUGAUUCCCAAAGUGAGGCACGUGAUCUUGUUCGAUUAUUGCGUCAAUUGCCUUCUCAUGUUAAUCUUAUACCAUUCAAUCCAUGGCCAGGAAGCAUCUAUCGUACGUCCAAGCUAGAAAAGAUUGAAAACUUUGCACGUAUUGUGAUGGAGGGUGGUGUUCACUGCACAGUGCGUCGGCCAAGAGGACAAGAUAUCAUGGCUGCAUGUGGUCAACUAAAAAGUAGUGCUGAAAAGAAACGUAAUCUUGUAGCAUAA